AUGCAUUAGAAGACAUCUUAAAAUUAAAAGAUUUUCAAUAAUCAAUAUUAGAUAUUAAAGAAACUUUCAUCAGGUUCAUUUGGUGUAGUCUUUUUGGGAAUUGAUUUAUUGACAAAAUAAGAAGUAGCAAUAAAAAUUGAGAAAGAGGAAAAUGAGGAAGUUCGUUCACUUGAAAGAGAAGUGUAGAUUUUAAAAAAAUUAGAUGGAAUAGAAGGGUUUCCUAAAUAUCUUUGGUCUGGUUAAGAUUAAGGUUAUAAUAUAUUGGUAAUUUAAUUGUUGGGAAAGGAUUUAGCUUACCAUUCUAAACAAUUUAAGAAAUUCUCACUAAAAUCAGUCUUGACUAUUGGAAUACAAGCUGUAUAGAUUUUAGAGCGAUCUCAUUAGAAAGGUGUUAUUCAUAGAGAUCUAAAACCAGAAAAUAUUAUUUUUGGUAUAGGUAGAGACAUCUCAAAAUUAUACUUAAUUGAUUUUGGCAUAAGCAAAAUAUAUAGAGAUUCAAAUGGGAAACAUAUGUAAGAUAGAGAAAUUAAUAAUUAGAACUUUUAAAGAAUAGAAAUCCUUUUUAGGAACUACAAGAUAUGCAUCUAUUGCUGCACAUUUAGGACAUGAGUUAGGAAGAAAAGAUGAUCUUGAGUCUUUAAUGUAUAUAUUGUUAUACUUUUUACGUGGGUAUUAUAUUAUUUACUAAUAAAGAUAGUUACCAUGGUAGAAUAUGAUUAAUGUCUCUGAUGAUGAAAGAACAAAGAAAGUUGGGGAUAUGAAGUUAUCACUUGAACGUGAAUUAUUUAAAGAUUAGACAGGAGAGUUUUAAAGGAUAUUUGAGUAAAAAUAUUAUUAAGAUAUUAUAGUUCUAUAAGGAAAUUACAAUUUAAAUAAGAGCCUAAUUACAAAAUGAUAUUGCAUGAAUUAAAAAGAGCUGCAGAUACUAUGAAUAUCAUUAUAGAUGGUAAUUUUGAUUGGACAGAAACUAAGUCAUCUACUCAUUAUCAAACAGAUACCAAUUAGAAUAUAAGUCGUAAUAAUAUUCCACUCAAUUCUAAUGAAAUGAAAAAGUCUAUUGAAAAAUAGUUAUCUGGUCUUAUAUAACAUUGGUAUCCUUUUGAUAUUUAUUCAGUUCUACUAAUCUUUUGGCUCCUCCUCCUAUAGGUUCUACUCGAAAUGCAUUCCAAAGAGAUGAUAUUCGUAAAAAUUCAAGUCUAACUUAAUAAAGUAGUAUUAAUUAUUGCUAAUCUCUGAAUCCUAAUUAUUAGAAAUCAAUUUGUGAAGAACCUUUAAAUGAAGAAUAAUAGCAUUAUUAUGAUUUUGAUAGUGUUGAAAUAAGUGAGAAUCAAAAAACAGAUAGUUCUCUACAUAGUAAAUAUGAUAAAAUAAAAAUGGGAAUAUUUGUGUAUUUCAUUUUCAAAUAUAUUUUCUUAGGCAUUUUCACCCGAAAACAAUAGAACUCAAAUGA